ACAAACUUUUAAAGAACAUGUGUGAAGAUCCACACAUGGACACAGAUGUUAUUUUAUGCCUACCGUAUGAUAGGCAUGUUCAACGUUUCUGUGUUUCCAAUUUGUGUGGAUGUGAAUUUCAAUAGGUUAAUCAAUAGGCAAUUUCCCAAAGUAUUUGACGUUAUAUGAAGUUGGUGUAUUCAUUUCAUAACUAUAGAACAGCAAACCGCUGUUGCACGUUAAGUUUUACUGUGAAUAUUUAAAAUAAGAGUUCUCAAUAAACUUGUUAAAAUGAGUACUAACAUCCCCAAAAUGGAGAAAAUUCUAAAACCAAAACGUCUGGUGCUUGAUCCGUCUAGUAUUGGUGUAGAGACUGAAUGGAAACACUGGAAAAAAGUAUUCAACAAUUACCUGACCCAAACUCAAGCAAAAACUGAUGAAACCAAACUAAAAAUUCUCUUUAAUUGUAUAUCUUCUAAUAUUUUCUCCUACAUAAGUAGAUGUGAGAAGUUUGAUGCAGCUAUUUCUGUAUUGGAUGCUCAGUUUUUAAUGAGAGGUUUGAAUGUUUCUCGUAUUUCGCGUGCAUCAUAUGGUGGAAGAAUGAGUGUUGCGCAUACAGGUCAUAGCAAUGAGGGAGAUCAUGCCCUGAUUUUGAAAUUGAAAAGUACAGAGGAAAAUCUGAACAAUAAGAUGGUGGAAGUCGCCCAGUUGAAGAAGAAACUCACAGAACAUGCAAAUGUGAUAAAACAGGAACAGAAUGCAUUACGAAUGAUGGAAACAAAGAAAAUCGCGAUAGCGCAUAAAGUGACAAUAUUCGAGGGUCAAAUAGAAGAUCUGAAAGAAGAGAAGAAAUUAAUGGUGAAUUUGGUUGAAGAGCUGAGGGCCGAGCUUGCUUUGAAGGAGAGUGCAAUCACAAAAAAGGAACUUGCAUUGAGAAAAAUACAAACACAAAAAGACAGUCUCCAGGAAGAUGUUCAGAGAUGGCAGGAUGCUAAUAAGGAAUCACGUAAAUCAGUCAGUUUACUUCAAGAGAAUUUGAAGGAUGCACGAAAUUCUUUGAAGGAACGUGAAUUCGACAUUGAAAAGCUGACUCUUGAUAAUAAGCACCUUAUAACCGAACGAGACAUUUGCAAACAACAAUUGAAAAAGACAAAGGACGAUAAUGAACGCUUGAAUAAGAAAUUCAAUGCAUUUGCAGAAAUCACUCUACACGGAAAAAGCUCUAAUAUCAGAGAGAACCGAAGAUAUCAGACUUUUGAAGCUUGAUUGUGAUAAUUUACGGAAAGAAAGAUCAAAGCUGAUCAAGAUAAUCGACAAUACAGCCGAUCACCAAUCGACCAUUUACAAUCUCGAAAAAGACCUACUGAAAGAACGGUUGAAAGCUAGAACUUUGGAGGAAGAAUUGCUAAAACCAAUCAACGUACAUAGGUGGAGGAAACUAGAUGGUGCUGAUCCGGGUAAGAUGGAACUGCAGCAGAAAUACACUAUUCUGCAGAAGAAAAUGCUGAAAGAAGUCAGUAUGAACCAUGAAAAGAGUGAGAAGCUAACGGAGACGGAGCAGAAGUGCAAAAUACUAGGCAAUAAAUUGGACAAUUGCAAAAAAGAGAACGAAGUCAAUCUCAGUGAUAAACUACGUAGUAUUCAGAAUGUUCUGAGAAAAAAAGAUACCAGUCUAAAGCUCCAAAAAACAAAAACAAACUGUUUGGUGGCACAAAAUGCAAAUUUGAAACUGAAUUGGAGAUGGCGUUGAAAAAAUUGAGUGAACUUGAUAAAUUACAAAGAGA